AUGCAGGUUGAUUUGACGUGCCCAUCUUGUCAGCAACCCAAUGAGUCGGGGGGAACCUUUGCAGACAUAUGGUUGGAGUUGUGUGAUCGUUUUGCACAGGAGUCUAGAAAGGAUGAACUGCUGAGCUCCAUUGCAUACGGGCUCUGGCGGCUAUGGAAGUGUCGAAACAGUCUGGUAUUUGAAGGGCGUCCGAUUCACCCAGCUGAGGCUGUGGAGAUCAUGAUCAAGCAGCAAACUGAUUUUUUGCAGACUAGGGAGAAGGGAAAGGAGACGACACCCAUCCAAGGAGGUGGCGGAGAACAUCGGAGCCUGGGCACUCAACAAAGGUCCUGCCCUCCGAUGGAUUUUGUUAAAAUCAAUUGUGACGGGGCAUGGACGUCACAAACUUUGCGUGGUGGGUGGGGUUGGGUGAUACGUGAUGCAUCUGGGGUGUUUAAAGGGGCUGGGGGUGAAGGAGGUGUGCGAUGCGGCGCUGCAAUAGUUGCUGAAGCUGAGGCAUUACGGGCGGGUCUGUGUGCGGGAGUGGACCAGGGCUGGCAGCGGGUGGUGCUGGAGUCUGACUCCAAGCUCAUGAUUGAUAUGCUGAAAGGGGUUGGCUGUUCUGACUCCCGGGUUGAAGGUAUUGUGCAUGACAUUAGAUUCCUGAUGCGGCAGAUGCAGACGGUGGUCUUGUCUUUUGUUUCUAGAAUAGCUAAUAAGGUGGCAGAUUUAGUUGCUGCCUUUGCGUCCAAAACCCAAGGUCUGAGCAUCGGCGGACAAGACCCACUGAUGAGGGAGGUUGAGGCUGGGUACGGAUCCAAUGAGUCUAUCCCUAGCGGAGCAACAAGACCCGGUGCUGCUCCAUUACGUCGAUGCAGCAUCUCAAAAGUUGCAGAAAGCUCGUCGAUUUCAUGGAGGACCACGGCUGUCAGCUUCAGCAAUGGGGAAUGGGCAAGUUAUCCAGCACUUGUCUUUUUGAUUCUGGAUAAGUUAUUAGAACCCAUUGACCAUGUCCGUUUUGCUGCCGUCUGCAAGAAAUGGCGUUCUAUGUCCAAAAUCUAUAAUCAGGCAACACAGCGGUGGCACAACAAACAACUUCUCCCCAUGCUCCUGAUCCCGAACCAGGACAAAAACAACGACCGAAGAGUAUUGUACAGCAUUUCUGAAGGAAGAAUCUACAACAAUAUUCAACUGCAAGUUCCUUUUAAGAGGAGGUGUAGUGGCUCUUGCCAUGGCUGGUUUGCCACAGUUGAUCCAACAGACCAAGGUGUAGUGACCGUAACACUCAGGAACCCUUUCACAAAAGCAAAUCCCAUUUAUCUCCCUCCCUUGAAUGCCCAUAUCUCAGUUUAUGGACCAUCCUACUUUGAGCAUUAUGUUCCUAAGGUUAUCUUGUCCACUGACCCCACUCUGAAUCCGGAGAAUUACGUGGUUGUAGCACUUUACCGUUGCUGGUUUGAGUUGGCUUUCAUCAAGGCAGGCCAAAACUCCUGGACCUACGUCAACCCUGCUGGAACUUCAUAUGGUGAUGUAAUAUUCUAUAAAAGCCAAUUGUAUGCAGUUACAUCAUUUGGAGCGAUUGGGUCAUUGGAUGUUCAUGGUAGUGAUAGUAAUAACCCUUCACAACCACCAUCGAUAAAGCUACUCACACCUCGAAAGCCAUUCCGAUCUUAUUGUUUUCAUGCAUAUCUUGUGGAAUCAACUAAGGGAGACUUGCUGCAUAUACUAAGAUAUUAUGUGCCAAAGGACGGUGCUUUUAGGUUUUGUAAUAGGCAGACACUGGGAUUUGCGGUUUACAAGUGGGUGUUGAACGAUGAAGAAGAUGGAGGUUCUAUUGCGCACAAGGUUGAGGUAAAAAGCAUUGGAGAUGAGGCUCUUUUCGUGGGCGACAAUCAUUCAAUCUCUGUUUUGGCUUCAAACUUUCCUGGAUGUCAGCCAAAUUCCAUAUAUUACACCGAUGAUUUCCUAUCAACUUCUCCUUUGUCAGAUGGUGAUGAAGCAAAUGAUAUGGGGAUCUUCAACUUGGAGGAAGGAACCAUCACGCAACAUUACUCAGUGAAAACCAAUACUCAGAGAGCUAUUUGGGUUGUGCCACCUUUUAAUGGACUAUGUUAG